CGGGAAGGCGUCGUUCUUCUUUCCUAGUCCCCUCCCCCCUCCCAAUCGGCCAUGUUUUCAGGCCGGCUCAACCUUGGGGUUCUCCCGUGAGGAAAUGGCCGGGAGCUUCAGGGAACCCAGGCGCCGUUGCCUCGGCGGAGCCCAGGUGUUUGUACUGCUAUUUAUUUUUGUGAAGAGGCAAAUAAUGCGGUUUGCAAUGAAAUCCCGAAGGGGACCUCAUGUCCCUGUGGGGCACAAUGCCCCCAAGGACUUAAAAGAGGAGAUUGACAUCAGACUGUCCAGGGUUCAGGAUAUCAAGUAUGAACCUCAGCUCCUUGCAGAUGAUGAUGCAAGACAUCUACAGCUGGACACCCAGGGAAAUCUGAAUUGCUACAACUAUCUGUACAGGAUGAAAGCUCUGGAUGCCAUCCGUGCCUCUGAGAUCCCAUUUCAUGCUGAGGGCCGGCAUCCCCAUUCCUUAAUGGGCAAGAAUUUCCGCUCCUACCUGCUAGAUCUUCGAAACACUAGUACUCCUUUCAAGGGUGUGCGCAAGGCCCUCAUUGAUACCCUGCUGGAUGGCUAUGAGACAGCUCGCUAUGGGACAGGGGUCUUUGGCCAAAGUGAGUACCUGCACUAUCAGGAGGCCCUGAGAGAGCUAGCCACAGUGGUCAGAGCACGAAGUGGGAGCUCUCAGCGACAACACCAAUCAGCAGCCAAAGACCUAACCCAGUCUCCUGACGUCUCCCCAACAACCAUCCAGGUGACAUACCUCCCCUCUAGUCAGAAGAGUAAACGUGCCAAGCACUUCCUCGAAUUGAAGAGCUUUAAGGACAACUAUAACACACUGGAGAGUACGCUGUGAUGGAGCUGAAGGACUCUGGCUGUGAUGGAGCCAUACAGGCUGCAGCGUGCCUGCCAGGCAGCCGUCAGGUCAUCUGCUCAGCAGACCCAGACUGCAUCAGCUGACGCUCCUGUUGUGUCCAGAGCUCUUAGAGCUCAUGCCGACAAAAUCAUUCUCCAACCCUUUCUUAUGGCCAGUUUCAGAAUAUCAGUUAAGACUUCAUUUUCCCUUGGUAGUACUUUUUUUGUGGAGUGGAAUUCAAAUGUUAAUGUUUCUUUCUGUCAGAGUUUCCUUAAAAAUCCUCACUUGGUUUUGAUCAUAGCUCACCGGCCCUUUUGGUGACCACAAGUAAUCGUAAGGGUAAGAGUUGGUGUCUUCCAUAUCUGCCCCUUUGGACACUGUUGAGUGGGAACCAUUUGGAUUGGAGAUAUCUUAGAGUUGAUUGGUGGGUAAGGCAGACAAACUGGUGGGGAGGUCAGGUGAGGCUGCGAGUGGUACGUGGAACAGCUUACCCUGGUACUCCACAUAAGCCAGGAUGUGUUGAAAUAUUGACACAGCUUCCUGAAAUGCAAGGAUCUGCCCUUCCACUUUCAUUCCAUACUGUCAUGAGUAAAUUGAAAAAGGAAUGUUUUGACACCUGACAACCCAUUCCCCCCUCAUUUACUAGGGCUACCUUGGGACAUUGUGAAGGAAUGGUCAGACCAGUGCACUGGUCUGGCUUUAUAAAUUAUUUAAUAAAAUGAACUAUUUGAAAAAAA